GAGACUAAUAACCUGAUUCAAUAUUGGCAAAAUUUUAUUACAGGUCAUAGUUUCAAGUGUAGUGUUUUUAAUGUCUCUAUUUCAAGUAUAAUGCACUUGUUCUGUCCCAUUAGUGCUCAAAAAGGAACAGGUACAAUGGAGAGCCUCAAGGAACGUGCAGAAGGUGCAUUGGAGAUCAAGGAGAAACCACCAGAUCGACUUAUCCUACAACAUACUCCAAAGAAACCAAACCGAGGUAUCUAUCUAAACUCAAAGAAAAAUAUGAAACCUGAUUUGCUUGCUGUUGGUACAGGUCAAACUGUUUUGAGGUAUACACUUUUCGGAAAGAAGGGCUAUAAUUAUCAGAGUAUCAAUGAUGAGUCCUUGGCUAAGUUGGAGAUGCAACAAGAAAACUUUGAAAGCUGUCUAGCCGCCAGAUUUGACAUAGGAGCAGUCCGAGGACCAUAUCCCAACAACCACAGGGAAUUAAUCAGCAAACUCGACUGCCAUGGAAACUUAACUCAUCAGGGUCUCACGUCGAUUUGGAAUCAAGUCCAAAGCUUCUCAGAUGAAAGAGUUAUGGGUUCUACAAAUCGGGUGAUCUUGUAUUGGCUAUCUUUGAAUUUUUCUGAGUUUAAAACAUCUCAGUCCUAUCUAUGGCGACCAGGUGAGCAUGCUAAGAUUAUGAUGAAGCUUUGAAGCAUACAAGGAGAAAGAACAAGCAUGAGGAAGACAAGCGGUUCAAGCCACCUGAUCUGUAUCAGAAGAGAUACCCAGACGUCUUUGCCUUUAUCAUCAUCAAAGAAGCACCUCCAGAUGAAGCAUACAAGCCAGAACCAAGCAGAAACAAAUUUGGGAUAAGACUCUUACUCUUUGAUAAACUUUUAUGUGCUAACUUGUUUUGUUUCACUGCAUCAGGAGUAAGGAGAGCCAACUGGAUCAGUGUUUCCUCUAUAUCCGAAUCAAUCAGCAACAAUGCCUAUCUAAGAGGCUUGCAAGGUAAGUGUAAUCUGAUUUCAAACUUCUAUGUUACUGAUUUGGUCUCCUUUAUUGCAGGUAAAGCAGAUUUGAGGUCAAAUCUUUUUGAAGAGGGAGGGGAUGAUAUGAUCAUGGAAAGCACCAAGGAAUGGAAGUAUGAACCUGAACCUGAAGAGCUUGUAGCUGAGGAUGCAAUAUUGAAGAAUGCUUGGAAACAAGAAGAAUGCAUUGGUCUUGGCCGAAGCUUGAUCAUCCAAGACAUCUUAACCAUCAUUCAAGCUAC